AUGGUGAUGUCUUACACAGCUGAGGAGUUGCGUUUGCGUCAAGAUAAGGAGAGAACCCAUUACUGGAAGAAGUUUGGGCCCUAUUUGCUGGAAAGAGAAUGGGCAACUGUGAGAGAAGAUUAUUCAAGUAAUGGUGAUGCUUGGCUGGAUUUCCCCUUUGAGCAUUCAAGAUCAAGAACAUAUAGAUGGGGUGAAGAUGGUUUAGCUGGUGUUAGUGAUACACAUCAAUUGAUUUGUUUGUCGAUGGCACUUUGGAAUGGCAAUGAUAGCAUUUUGAAGGAGAAAUUGUAUGGGUUGACCAAUUCACAAGGUAAUCAUGGCGAAGAUGUCAAGGAAUUGUAUUAUUAUUUGGAUAAUACUCCUACCCACUCCUAUAUGAAGUAUUUAUAUAAAUAUCCUCAUUCUGCUUUCCCCUAUAAGGAAUUGAUUGACGAGAAUGCAAAGAGAGGUCGAUUAGAUAGAGAAUUUGAAAUCACUGAUACCGAAGCUUUCAAAGAUAACAAUUACUUUGAUGUUGUUUUUGAAAUGGCUAAAGCUGAUGAAGACCCAGAAGAAUUAUAUUUCCGUAUCACAGCAUACAACAGAGGUGAUAAGGCUGCACCUUUACACAUUAUGCCUCAUUUGGUUCUUAGAAAUACCUGGGGUUGGGGAACAGAUAGCAGACAAAAGCCAUCUUUAUCUGCAACCGAUGAAUACUCAAUUGAAGUUGAUCACGCAAAGUUUGGUAAAUAUCAUUGGGUAUUUGCCCCCUCCCCUGGAUCUACUGAUGAAGAUCCUGAUGUUGAACCUCAAUUGCUUUUCACGGAAAAUGAAACUAACUUUAAAAGAUUAUAUAACCAAGAAAACAUUUCUCCUUACGUGAAGGAUGCAUUCCAUGACUUUAUUAUUGAAAAUGACGAAAAAGCUAUUAAUCCAGAAAACAAGGGUACCAAAGCUUGUGCUUGGUAUAAGUUUGAUAGUGUUCCUGCUGGUGAUUAUGUUACUUUAAGAUAUAAAUUAUCUAAAUCUCCAGAUUAUCUUGAUGAAUUUGAAUUGGAUCAAGUCUUUGCCAAAAGACAAGAUGAAGCCGAUUCAUUCUACUGGAAAAUUAAUCCUCUCCCAAUGAAGGACACUUUGCGUCAAGUUCAGAGACAAGCAUUUGCUGGACUUCUUUGGACAAAGCAAUUUUAUCACUUUAUUCACGAUUACUGGUCCAAAGGUGAUCCUAAUGCUAAAUUAAGACCAAUGCAAAAUCGUGCUGAUGGUAGAAAUAAAGAUUGGAAACAUUUAUACAUUGAAGAUAUUCUUUCUAUGCCUGAUAAAUGGGAAUAUCCUUUCUUUGCAGCAUGGGAUACUGCUUUCCAAUGUAUUCCAUUUGCUAUGGUUGAUCCCGUAUUUGCUAAGAAACAAAUUUCAUUAUUGACCAGAGAAUGGUAUAUGCACCCAAAUGGUCAAAUUCCAGCUUAUGAAUGGAACUUUUCUGAUGUAAACCCCCCUGUCCAUGCUUGGUCUGCUUAUCGUAUUUUCAAAAUUGAAAGAAAGAUGUAUGGUGUUGAAGAUUUGGAAUUUCUUGAAACUGUGUUUCAUAAAUUAUUACUUAACUUCACUUGGUGGGUCAACAGAAAGGAUUUCCAUGGUGAUAACUUAUUUGGUGGAGGUUUCUUGGGUUUAGAUAAUAUUGGUGUGUUUAAUCGUUCUGAAGAUUUACCCACUGGUGGUACUUUGAAGCAGGCGGAUUCUACUGGUUGGAUGGCAUUUUUUUCAUUACAAAUGUUGAACAUUGCUUUGGAAUUGGCCAAAACAAAGCCAGUCUAUGAAAAUAUUGCUUCCAAGUUUUUUGAACACUUUAUUAUGAUCAGUGAUGCAUUGUCGUUCAAGAAUGAACUGAAAACAUUUUCUCUUUGGAAUGAUGAAGAUAAGUUCUUUUAUGAUGCCAUUGAUUAUGGUACUCACACUGAUUCGUUACCUGUAAGAUCCUUGGUUGGUUUGAUUCCAUUGUAUGCUUCCUUAACUUUGGAACCCGAUUUAUUGGAUAGGUUCCCAUCUUUCAAAAAGAGAUUGGAGUGGUUUGUUAACAACAACAAGGAUGUUGCAGAACGUAACAUUGCUUCUAUGGAAGCAAGAGGUAUGGGUGAACGGUUAUUACUUUCUUUGGUAUCCAAAGAUAAGUUGGUCUCAAUUUUGCAACGUAUGUUGGAUGAAGAUGAAUUCUUGUCUGAUUAUGGUAUUAGAUCUCUUUCAAAAUACCAUAAAGAUCAUCCAUUUUCACUUGAUGUUAGUGGACAACAUUAUAAGGUUGAAUACUUACCAGGUGAAUCUGAUAGUGGCAUGUUUGGUGGUAAUUCCAACUGGCGUGGUCCAAUUUGGUUCCCUACCAAUUUUCUUCUUGUUGAAGCUCUUCAACGUUUUUACUUGUAUUAUGGGCCUGAGUUGAAGGUUGAAUGCCCAAAGGGAUCUGGCCAAAUGCUUAACUUGGCUCAAGUGGCUCAAGAAAUUCAGCAUAGACUUAUGCACUUGUUUGUCCCUGAUGAAAAUGGACGUAGAGCUUGUAUUGGUGAUUCCGACUUGUUUAACAGUGAUCCUUACUUUGCUGAUUAUGUUCCAUUCUAUGAAUAUUUUGAUGGUGACACUGGUCGUGGAUUAGGUGCCAGUCAUCAAUGUGGUUGGACAGCUGUUGUUGCCAAAUGGAUUCAUGAUAACGGUACUAGUUGCCGUAUACCAAAAACACCCCAUACUCCAGCUGAACCCCAAAUACCCUCUAAUGUGUCUGAAUACGAUGUUACCAAGUUUGUUCCUAAAACAGGUCCUUUCCCUGGUCGUUUGAUUAGAAGAAGACUGGGUAAAUCAUUGGUGAAUUUGACGAUUCAUUCGUUAGAUUUAGGAGAUGAUGAAUCAGAAGCACGUUUGAAUCAAAAUGCCUUGCGUCGUAUGGGCUCUAGGGGAGAGAAUGUCACUGCUGAUAUGGAAUCUCUUGCACCACAAUUAUCACGUGGUUCCAUUGAUUCUCAAGAAGGUCCCAAAUAUGAUAAUGAAUUCUUUUCCCAAAUUAGGGAUGCUUUCAAGAAGUAUAAAUCCAGAGAAAGUGAAGAUCGCCACGAAGAAUUCGAAGCUGAAGCUUGA